AUGUCGCCUGUGCUGAGGCCUCAGUUUCUUAUUGUUGUUUAUUUUCUGUAUUUCGUUAUACCCACCCUUACGCAGGUUGUCAUCAAUUCAUCGAAACGUGAUAACGUUGUCCUUGUUGGACAUAUCGGAGCGAUAGGAGCUCUGCCUAAUUAUGAGAAAGUUCUGGAUCUUGCACGAAAGGAGUUGCAGGAGGAUGGAACUCUUGGACCGGACAUGGAUAUUGAAAUUAUCUCGCGAAACGGAUGCGGCGAUGCUUUCGAAGGAGUGGCAGCAGCGGCCGAUCUCUACCAUAUCGAGCACGUGACCACAUUCCUGGGACCAUACUGUAGCGCUGAAAUGAUUCCUGUGGCGACAAUGGCGAACUUCUGGAACAUACCCAUAAUCGCAUAUAUGGCGACAGCUAACGCUCUGUCAAAUAAGAAGAUUUACAAAACUCUCGUCCGUACAUCGUUGAGAACGAUGAAUACGAUAGCUGAGGCAACUGCAGCGUUCAUAAAACACUAUCGGUGGAAGAAGGUGUCUUUAGUUUCGAAUAUUGGCGCAUCUGCUUACGAGAAACUGAUGGCGUUUGAGCCCGUUUUGAAGCGUCAUGGAAUCACAGUCACCAGGAAGAUCCUUUUCGAAGAGGCAGCAACAGUUCAGGAUAUGCUGAACGGCGGACAAUUGGAGGAAAUUCGAGCAAAUUCUAGGAUUGUCAUUGUAAUGUUCUCGUCAACACGUGACCUCACAUCGAUAUUUCGGGAAGCAACGGCCAAAUAUGGGCUCCUGGAAGCAGAAUUUGCUUUUAUUUUCCCAUGGUUGCAAGAAGGAAGCAAUGGAGCGUCGCCAUUCGUUGGCAGCGAUAAUUCAAUCUUAGAAAGAGUCAAACAGACUUAUGGAAAUUGUAUCCUGGUUGACGACACCAACGGUUUCGAUGACCGCAUGAUCACACCGUUUGUGGAACGGCUGAAUUCCAUUGGGCUCGACGAAAAGGACAUUGAUUUGAGCAACAUCUACGGAUACAUUGCACUGUUCGAUGCGUUCAAAAUGUUCGCAGUGGCAGGUCGUCGGGUUCUGAACAAAACCGGCAAAUUCUCUUCGAUUACAGAUGGAAAGCUUAUGUGGAAUGCCAUGAGACGAAUGACAGUUCCAGGCAAGUGA